CACUCAGACACGCAUUCCACAGAAGCGGCGCUAGCCGAGAGUCUGUGAAGGCAGAAUCCGCAGCUCAGCCCGGCAGAGCGACACCCCAGCAGCAGCCUCUGCAGCCGGCACUGCUCGCAAACAGGCAACACCCACGACUCCCUCCCUACCUCCUUCUGCCAGGAUCCCUUGUCCCCCCUGUGGGGCUUUUGGGUGAUUUUAGAGCCGGAUUUCUAUUGAGUUUGGUGGUCGGAGACCAGCACAGCAGCCAUGGCUCAUGCGGCAUCACAGCUGAAGAAGUCCCGUGUGCUGGACAAGCAGGACGACGUUGCUAAGGCGGCCGAGGAAAAGGCUCGGCAGCGGAGGCGGCGGUCUAGGGAGCGGGCGGAACGCAAGCGCAAGUCGGACAGCAACACCAGCUUCCUGCGAGCAGCGCGGGCGGGGAACAUCGACAAGGUGCUGGAGUACCUGAAAGGUGGUGUGGACAUCAGCACCUGCAACCAGAAUGGGCUCAAUGCCCUGCACCUGGCUGCCAAGGAGGGCCAUGUGGAGCUUGUCCAGGAGCUACUGGACAGGGGAUCUGCGGUGGAUUCAGCCACUAAGAAAGGAAACACAGCCCUCCACAUUGCCUCCCUGGCAGGACAAGGUGACGUGGUCAAGAUUCUGGUUAAGCGGGGCGCUGAUAUCAAUGCGCAGUCGCAGAAUGGCUUCACCCCGCUGUACAUGGCUGCCCAGGAGAACCACCUGAACGUGGUGCGAUAUCUGCUGGAGAACGGCGCCAACCAGAGUACCGCUACUGAGGAUGGCUUCACCCCCCUAGCCAUAGCCCUCCAGCAAGGCCACAACCAGGUGGUGUCCAUCCUGCUGGAGAACGACACCAAGGGCAAAGUGCGGCUGCCCGCCCUGCAUAUCGCUGCCCGCAAGGAUGACACCAAGUCCGCCGCCCUCCUGCUACAGAAUGACCACAACGCAGACGUGCAGUCCAAGAUGAUGGUCAAUAGGACUACUGAGAAUGGAAAGAGCGGGUUCACCCCGCUGCACAUCGCCGCUCACUACGGCAACGUCAACGUGGCCACGCUGCUGCUGAACCGAGGGGCCGCUGUCGACUUCACCGCCCGGAACGGGAUCACUCCCCUGCACGUGGCCUCCAAGCGAGGAAAUGCCAACAUGGUGCGCCUCCUGCUGGACCGAGGAGCCCAGAUCGACGCCAAGACCCGGGAUGGCCUCACCCCACUGCACUGCGCGGCCCGCAGUGGGCACGAUCCAGCUGUGGAGCUGCUCCUGGAGAGAGGGGCACCCAUGCUAGCCAGGACCAAGAAUGGGCUGUCUCCCUUGCACAUGGCAGCCCAGGGAGACCAUGUCGAGUGUGUCAAGCACCUGUUGCAGCACAAGGCGCCGGUGGAUGAUGUCACAUUGGACUACCUGACAGCACUGCACGUGGCAGCACACUGCGGCCACUACCGUGUCACCAAGCUGCUGCUGGACAAGCGGGCCAACCCCAACGCCCGCGCCCUGAAUGGCUUCACCCCCCUGCACAUUGCCUGUAAAAAGAAUCGUGUGAAGGUGAUGGAGCUGCUUGUGAAAUACGGAGCCUCCAUCCAGGCUAUCACAGAGUCGGGCCUCACCCCCAUCCACGUGGCAGCUUUCAUGGGCCACCUGAACAUCGUCCUGCUGCUGCUGCAGAACGGAGCCUCGCCGGACGUUAGCAACAUUCGUGGUGAAACAGCACUGCACAUGGCAGCUCGGGCUGGACAGGUGGAGGUGGUCCGGUGUCUCCUGAGGAAUGGAGCGUUGGUGGAUGCCAGGGCCAGGGAGGACCAGACCCCCCUGCACAUCGCCUCCCGCCUGGGGAAGACGGAGAUCGUGCAGCUACUUCUCCAGCACAUGGCCCACCCAGAUGCUGCCACCUCCAACGGCUAUACGCCCUUGCACAUCUCCGCCCGCGAGGGCCAAGUGGACGUGGCCGCCGUGCUGCUGGAGGCGGGGGCCUCGCACUCACUAGCAACCAAGAAAGGCUUCACUCCUCUUCAUGUGGCCGCAAAGUAUGGCAGCCUGGAUGUGGCCAAACUCCUGCUGCAGCGCCGGGCCCCGCCGGACUCCUCCGGGAAGAACGGCCUCACGCCACUCCAUGUCGCCGCUCAUUAUGAUAACCAGAAGGUGGCGCUCCUGCUUUUGGACAAAGGGGCUUCCCCUCACGGCGCAGCCAAGAACGGAUACACUCCCCUGCACAUCGCCGCCAAGAAGAACCAGAUGGACAUCGCCAGCACUCUGCUGAACUACGGCGCCCAGCCCAACAUCCUGACCAAGCAGGGCGUCACCCCCCUGCACCUGGCCGCCCAGGAGGGUCACGGCAACAUGGCUGACUUGUUGCUGCAGAAGGGCACCGGCGUCAACGUGGCCACCAAGAGCGGCCUGACGUCCCUCCAUCUCGCGGCUCAGGAGGAUAAGGUGAACGUGGCCGAAAUCCUGACAAAGCACGGGGCGAACCUGGACCAGCAGACCAAGCUGGGAUACACUCCGCUCAUCGUGGCGUGUCACUAUGGAAACGCCAAGAUGGUGAACUUCCUGCUGCAGCAGGGAGCCAACGUCAAUGGCAAGACCAAGAAUGGUUACACCCCCCUGCACCAGGCUGCUCAGCAAGGAAACACUCACAUCAUCAAUGUCCUGCUUCAGCAUGGAGCCCAGCCCAACACAACCACCAUGAACGGCAACACGGCUCUGGCCAUCGCCCGUCGCCUGGGCUACAUCUCAGUGGUGGACACGCUGAAGGUCGUCACCGAGGAGACCAUCACCACGACAACCACGGUGACAGAGAAACAUAGGCUAAAUGUGCCAGAGACCAUGACAGAGGUCUUGGACGUAUCGGACGAGGAAGUGCACAGACAGUUUGAUGAGGAGCCCCUCACUGAUGAUUCCAUGGAACUGGAAGGCAGCCAAUACAAUAUUGACGUCAGAUCCUCGCUGUUUCUCUACAGUGACGACACCAUGACUGGUGAUGGGGGUGAGUAUUUGAGGGCGGAGGACCUCAAGGAGCUGGGGGACGACUCGCUGCCGGGGCAGUACCUGGACGGCAUGAACUACAUGCGCUUCAACCUGGAAGCGGGGCGCUCCGAUAGUUCCGACAGGUCGCACACCCCCAGUCAGCACGGCUACUACUCGCCGCGGCACGGCAUGGUGGAGGACAUGAUCGGCAGCCAUCAGAUGUCCACUCUCGGCAGAGACAUAGAGAAGGACGUGUACCGCCUGGGCUGGGCUGCUGACAACCUGGACAACGUGGCACUUUCCUCCAGCCCUGUCCACUCCGGCCGUUCCUCUCCGUGCCUUGAUCAUGACAACAGCAGCUUCCUGGUCAGCUUCAUGGUGGACGCGAGAGGUGGAGCCAUGCGGGGGUGCCGCCAGAACGGCCUGCGCAUUAUCAUCCCUCCACGCAAGUGCAGUGCCCCCACGCGGGUCACCUGCCGGCUGGUGAAACGGCACCGACUGGCCACCAUGCCACCCAUGGUGGAGGGGGAGGGCCUGGCCAGCCGGCUCAUCGAGGUGGGCCCGUCUGGAGCACAGUUCCUAGGUAAACUGCAUCUGCCCACUGCGCCCCCCCCUCUGAACGAGGGCGAGAGUUUGGUUAGCCGAAUCCUCCAGCUCGGGCCUCCCGGAACCAAAUUCCUUGGGCCGGUGGUCGUGGAGAUCCCGCACUUCGCGGCCCUGCGGGGGAGGGAGCGGGAGCUGGUCAUCCUGCGCAGUGAGACUGGGGAGAGCUGGAAGGAGCACCACUGCGAGUACACGGAGGAGGAGCUCAAUGAGAUACUCAACGGCACGGAUGAAGAGCUGGACUCCCCCGAGGAGCUGGAGAGGAAACGGCUCUGCCGCAUCAUCACCCGCGACUUCCCACAGUACUUUGCUGUGGUGUCCCGCAUCAAGCAGGACAGCCACCUGAUUGGGCCGGAGGGUGGCGUGCUGAGCAGCACCGUGGUCCCUCAGGUCCAAGCCGUCUUCCCUGAGGGCGCCCUCACCAAGAGGAUUCGGGUCGGCCUGCAGGCCCAGCCUGUAAACACAGACCUGAUCAGGAAGAUCAUGGGGAACAAGGCCACCUUUAGCCCCAUCGUCACCCUGGAGCCACGGCGACGGAAAUUCCACAAGCCCAUCACCAUGACAAUCCCUGUCCCCAAGAGCUCAGCUGACACUAUGACGAACGGCUUCGGAGGGGACACGCCCACUCUGCGACUACUCUGCAGCAUCACAGGUGGGACGACACCAGCACAGUGGGAGGACAUAACUGGAACCACGCCCCUUACCUUCGUCAAUGAAUGUGUCUCCUUUACCACGAACGUGUCAGCUAGGUUCUGGCUGAUUGACUGCAGACAGAUCCAGGAGUCUGUGACCUUCUGCACUCAGGUGUACAGGGAGAUCAUAUGCGUCCCCUACAUGGCCAAGUUUGUCAUCUUCGCCAAGACACACGACCCCAUCGAGGCUCGCCUCCGCUGCUUCUGCAUGACGGAUGACAAGAUGGACAAGACCCUCGAGCAGCAGGAGAACUUCACAGAGGUGGCCCGCAGCCGAGAUGUGGAGGUACUAGAGGGAAAGCCCAUCUAUGCAGACUGCUUCGGGAACCUGGUCCCGCUGACUAAGAGCGGCCAGCACCACCUCUUCAGCUUCUUUGCCUUCAAGGAGAACCGGCUUGCUCUCUUCAUUAAGGUUCGAGACAACACGCAGGAGCCGUGCGGUCGCUUGUCCUUCAUGAAGGAACCCAGGUCGUACAGGAGCACAGUUCACAGUGCCAUAUGCAACCUGAACAUCACGCUACCCGUGUACAACAAGGAAUCAGAUUCAGACCAGGACCCAGAAGAAGAGACCAACAGGACACAUGAUAAAUACGACGAAGAGACGGAAUCCACCGAAACUUCUGUUCUGAAAACACACUUGAUUAGAGAUUCUCCUGCACUUGCUAGCCCGGACUUGCUAUCUGAGGUGUCUGAGAUGAAACAAGACUUGAUAAAAAUGACAGCCAUCUUAACCACUGAUUCCACAGAGAAAUCUAGCCCCAUUGAAGGGGGAAUGCUUGUAAAAGGUGCAGAAGAAGAGCCAGGAGAGCCUUUUGAGAUUGUUGAGAAAGUCAAAGAAGAUUUGGAGAAAGUGAGUGAAAUACUGAGAAGUGGGACAUACUCAGGUAAGGUGGCAGAGGCAGCUGAAAGAGCUGAAAGAGCUGAAAGCCACUCGGUCAUUAAGGACGAAGAGUGGGUUUACCUCAGCGACGGUGAAAUUGAGGAAGCCAAGCAAAUGGCUGCUUUAGUUCAGGAGCCACUGUUACAGGAGGUGACAACUGAAAGAGCUUCAAGCUCAAAGACCAGACAAGGAAAGGGACAUCUUCCUGGAGCAUCUAAGGCCAGUGCUGCUUCAAAUGUAGUCCAAGAGAAGUCUCGUGCAGUUGCUGUGAGUAGAUUUGGGAAGAAAGAUGCCCCUCGAGGGCUGGACAGUAAAAAAUCACCUGCUGAGAUAAAAAAGCCAGCAAGAAGGAAAUUAAAGGAUGAUAAAAGUAAGGAAAAACCUCAGGCCACUGAUUCUGGAUCAAAGAUAGUCAGGGAAAGUUCCGAAGAGUCCGUUAAUGGAGAUGCUCACUUAAGUGCUCCCAGAGCUUCGUCUCAGGGGCCAGUGUCACCAGGUGUGGAAGAGACCCCCAUCGGGUCGAUAAAAGACAAAGUGAAAGCCCUUCAGCAGAAGGUUGAAGAGGAGCAGAAAGGGCGUAAGCAAACACGCAGUAAGCCUUCUCAGCUGCGUGUUGAGAGCAAAUUGCCGCAACUUAAAAAGGAAGCCGUUAAAACACACCAGGCACCUCCAAAGUCUCCCAAAUCUGAAACCGAAAGGCUAGAAGAGACCAUGUCUGUACGUGAGUUAAUGAGAGCCUUUCAGACAGGACAGGACCCUUCAAAGAGAAAGUCUGGCCUUUUUGAGCAUAAGAUAUCCACCUCAAAAACUGAAAAAUCUACUUCAAAAGUUACAGGAGCAUCACCCUCCAUUUCAUCCAAAGACAGUAAACAAGUAAAGGUGACUCGUCACUCUCAGGGACGGGAAGUAUCUCUGGAUACCAUACAGUCCAGCAAGUCAAUCAAAGAAAGAGACACACGAAGAACCCCGGACAAGAAACAUGCCAAAGAUUCUAGUGCCAGUAUCAAAUCAGAAUCGGGGGACAAUGCAGAGAAUCAGCAGGUCAGAAAAACACAAGCAGAAGCAAUAGUAGAUGUUUCAGCAGCAGCUGCAGAUUCUGCCACUCAGCCUGGCCUGGCUAUUACUUUCCCUUCAGUAAAUAAAGAAGAAGGCCUCCUCCCAGAUGUUGUUCAAAACACAGCUCUUGAUGACAGUUCCGAUAGCCUUAAACAUGAGGGUGCGGCAGACUCUCCCAGCGCCAGCUUGGGUGACGGUACCCCUCAGAUGAGCUCUGAAGAGAGUUACAAACAUGAAGGCUUAGCAGAGACCCCAGAAACAAGUCCAGACAGCUUGCCUUUUUCACCCAAGAAAACUGACCAAUCUAUACUGGAGAGAGCCACAAAAAAUGCAGCAGCUCUUCAAGGGUCUACUCCAAAAGACAAGUCUAAAUGUUCAGUCAUUGAAUCCAGUGCUGGAGACUCUGUGGCUGUGUUGUUUGAUGGUCACAAGCCAACCGGAGCACCUCUCACUGCAGCAAGCUCUGAAGAGGCAGACAGUCGGAAAACAAGUGAGUCUGUGUCCACUCUUACUUGUGAGGCAGUGAACUUAGCAGAGGACCAUGUUAAAAAGGAAAGGGUCUUGGAAAUAUGCAAUGUGCUUGAUCCGUCACAGCUUUCAACGAGAAUCUCUAAAACGAUAGACAGCAUUGCAGACAUCAAGGAGGCCCCUCACAGCCAGAGAUCUUCAGUGUCCACUGGUUCAGUGACUAAUACGCCUUCUGCACAGAGUCAUAGCAACUUAGAUCUGCCUCUUAAACAAGAGGACUCAGAGACCCCCAGUCCUUUAGCUGAUGACUCCAUGACUAUUAGUCACAAGGAUUCUUUGGAGGCCAGUCCAGUCAUGGAGGAUAACUCCUCUCAUAAAACCCCAGAUUCCAUCGAACCAAGCCCAACAAAGGAAUCGCCAUGCCGUGACUCUUUAGAGAGCAGUCCUGUAGAACAGAAAACCGAAACUGGUUUCCUCCCAGUGGGAGGGAGAUCUACUGAACAAGCUGUAUUUGCCAAGACCGACCUUCCCCCUGACCCAGUUCGUAGUCGACUUCUCAGAGACCCGGAGGGCAGUGCCGAUGAUGACAGUUUUGAGCAGACAUCACAAAUGGAAAGUUCGGGUAAGAGCCCCCUCUCGCCGGACACCCCAAGCUCUGAAGAGGUAAGUUAUGAGGUCAAUCCCAAAACACCGGACAUGCAGUUGUUGUCUAUUCCCUCAAAGCCACCUGCCAUUCCUGAAGACGUGGAGGAAGAUGAAUCGGAAAAUAGUGAGCCCCCCAAAAAAAUCACACCAGAGGAAGAAAUGUUUAAAAUGGCUGCCAAAAUUAAAACUUUUGAUGAAAUGGAACAGGAUGCUAAAACCAAAAAGGAUGGCCAAAAAGAUUCUUCAGUACUAUCUGAGGCUGGAGAUGAUAGCAUCAAAUCAAUAAGAGUAGCCUCCACUGAUGAGAAAUGCUCAGAAGGUGAACCAGUGUUUACCAGAUCCAAGCAGGACUCAGAAAUAGAUCUUUAUGUUGAACACAUUAAUAAAGUACGACCUCCUUCUCCUUUUUCAGCAGGUUUGCAUGAGAGCUGUGCAGAAGCAGAAAAAGAACCAGGACAGGGACCUCAUCUUGUCUCAGAACCGAUAUCAAAAUUCUUUCGAGCUAUAGAAGACCAAAUCACUCAGGCGUCAUCUGUUGGAAUCCAAGGCUCUCAUAUGAAAUCAACAACAGGGUCCAUCAAUGGCCCCGCAAAUAUUACAGAUGAGCAAAAGGAAGAGUGCUUGAGAAAGUCCAGAGAAAGCACUGCAGUUGAUUCAAAGGGGGCAGACGUGUCCUGUUCCUCUAGUGUGGCUGUGAUAGAUGAGAACGUAGAAAGCAAUGCAACAGAUGAAAUAAAAGGUGAACAUAUGAAACUUUCAGGGGCACCAGAGACGGACACAGAUAAGCAUUCCCAUACUCAUUUGUCCUCUACCGAUACAGUAUGUACGCACGAACAACUCAAACCCGAAAUCUGCAUUUAUGAUGACACUGAAGAAGACAAAGGUGAAGAGGAGCAAGAGCCAAAAACAGAAUCUAAGGGUGUCACUGCAAGAACCAAGAAAGAUGCAGACUCCUGGAGCGCCAUGAGAGAGGAUGACGAUGCCUUUGCAGCUCGUGUAAAGGAAGAAGAGCAGAAGAUUCUAGGUUUGAUGGUGGACAGACAGUCACAAGGUGCAACACCAGAUACAACUCCUGGAAGGACCCCAACAGAAGAAGGAACACCAACCAGUGAACCAAACCCUUUUCUAUUCCAAGAAGGGAAGCUGUUUGAGAUGACCAGAAGUGGUGCGAUUGAUAUGACUAAGCGGAACUAUGAAGAAGAAGAAGGCGGCUUCGGUUUUUUCCAGAUAGGUGAGCAACUGUCAGAAAAUGUCCUCUUGGGUGAGGCAAAAGAAGAUCCUCUUGAUUGUGAGGCUGCUGAAGAUGAAAACAGAGUAGCUAUUAAUCUGUCGUUGCAAAUGAAGGUUGAUGAAGAUGAGAAACAAACAGGUGUUUCAACUGAGGCCAUUAAUUGUGCAACAAUAGAAGAUGAUGAAGUGGGUGGUGAGCAGACAGCAGCCAUGAAAUCAGAAACAAAAUCCAGAAUUCCUAUAAAAAUGGGAGUUUCUGCUUCAGCUAAGACUGCAAAGAAAGAUUCAACAACUGAAGAGAUGGUAGAAGUCCAUCCUGAGAAAAUAUCUAGUGAGAGUGCAACAGAAGCAGAUCCUAGCUCCCCAGACUCAACCUUAGACAGCAACCAGACAGGUUAUUCGACUAUCACCAGAUCAGUUUACUCUGAACAGGAUGCAGAGUCUUCAGACUCUUCCCCUGAGGACCAGCACUCGGUCAUUGAGCUCCAGAAUCAGGUAAAAAAGUUUCCAGCUCCUUCUGCUGGCUCUGAAGGCACAAAGGAUGCCUCCCCAGCUCCCUCUCAAAAAGCAGCUCACUCUCAAACUCAGGCUUCUUCCACUCUUACGAAGGAGAUUCCCUCGGUGAUAGAGGAAACAAAACCUAAAUCCAGAAUACCAGUAAAAGCCAGCUUACUGAAGUCUGAGUGUGGUUCUGACCCCUCAGUUCGGCAUGCAGAAUCCAUCAAAGACAAAAAAUGUAAAUUGCCUGUAAAAUCAGAACCAAGAAGUAAAUCUGAGACAGAUGCAGGUCCCUCUGGGGAUGCCAAAACCACAAGGUCUUCUAAAGUGAAGAGUUAUUGUGAAGCAGAUUCCUCUAAGGAAUCUGCCAAAAAGGACACUAUGAGUCGGUCAGAGAGUGUGGAUUCCUCAACUAAACCCAAGACCUUCUAUUCCAGGCUUCCUGUUAAGAGUAAGCCUGGACAAAGUGUCCACACAUCAAACCCAGCCAAUCAGAACGAUGAGCAGUUCCUUGAGAUGUAUCGCCAUUCUAUUGAGUUUUUUGAGGAGAUAAGUGAUGAGGCCACAAAGCUAGUUGAAAGGCUAGCGCAAGCUGAGAAAGAGCAAGAGGCUGCAGUUUCAGAUGAUGAGAGCAGUACCUUAGAUGCCUCUGUAAUAGAGAGUGAGAGUUUUCCUGAAAUGCAGUUCCCUCCCCCCGAAGACGUCUUUGACGUGAGACCUCACUGGGAUGAUUCUGUCGAGACACAGAUGCAGCGAAUGCCCAUCGAAAAUGUCCAAGAUCGAAGUCAAGUAGAUCCACAGGAGGAUAUGGAAAGGAAGAAGGAGCGGUUGGCUAUCAUUGCUGACCACUUAGGCUUCAGCUGGACGGAACUGGCCCAGGAGCUGGAGUUCACUGAAGAUCAGAUCCAUCAGAUUAGAGCUGAGAACCCCAACUCUCUGCAAGACCAAAGUCAUGCUCUGCUGAAGUACUGGAUGGACAGGGGUGGAGAUGAGGCCACAGAGAGCAUCCUGAUUAAAAAGCUAACUAAGAUCAACAGAAUGGACAUUGUGCAUCUUUUUGAAACAAAAAUCAAGUACAAUUUGGAGCAAUCUUCACGGACCUAUGAGGACAUUGAGAAGACCAUUGCACUGGAUCACAGUGAAAGUUUCUCUGCACUGCAUGAGGACAUUGACAGUCCCAGAACUGUCAGGCGGGUGGAGACAUUGUCCAGACAGCAAGGGUUUGGCCAGCCUCCUCCCAUGGUGUCACAGGAGGACCUUUCUGCCAGCAUCUCCUCUCUUCAUGAGACCACACCGCGUGUAGAUCCCAGCAAGGGACCUGACCAGCAGGGGAAAUGUGACCUACAGAAGGAGCAAGAAAUUACAUUGGCAGAUUACAGCGCUACUAUAUUCUCAUCUGAAAAUGUCAAGGAAGCAUUGGCUCAUCGGGGAACAACCAAACAAGUUCCACCAAAAACAAGCAUGGAAAAGCACUUAGUUUCUGAAUCGAGAGAAACAACGUGUGAUUUUUAUAAUACUCAGAGUCAAGUUCAGGCUUUCUCUACUCAGUUAACUAGAAACCCUCCGUGUCCAAUAAAACAGACUAUUUCAGAGUCCACUCUGAGUUUGCCUGGUCAACAGAGUCAAAUCUCUUCUAAGCUUAGAAGUCCUUCUGAAUCCCAGUUAAGAAUAUUAGGUCCCUUUCAGUUCGGUCUCCUAGACCCUUUUUCAACAUUGAAGACGCACAGAAUGAUAAGUCCUAAUUUAGGGGGAUCCAAUCUUCCAAUCAGUUCAGAUGAGUCUGAUUCAGAAAAGGUACCUGCAUUUUGUAGAUCAUCUGGCGAAUUGAGAUCAUUGUCUCCUGGAUCCAGUAGGUCUUCCUUUGAAUUUGAUCUAAAGAAGGGUGAUUUACAGUUACCUCAUACUUCUUACCCAUCCUCCAAAUUAACUCCUGAAUCAUAUGCAGUGCAUUUACUUGAAAAGGGUCAAGAUCUCACAAUAUUGUCUGAAGUAUCUGGUGAAUCGAAACAACAACCAGUGUGUGGCUUCCCCCACCAAGUGUACUCAGAGACUGCAGCCGGUGAUAUUGGAUCCUUUAGGGAAUCAGAAAAGUUUAGUCAUGAGCACAGAUCACUGGACUCUCCCAGUUCACUGGAAUCUCCUGAAACUAAAGCCUCCACCAGCACUGUAGAAGAAGAAAGCCUUGCAAGAGAAGCGGAUGUGAGUUUCCAUGGCCUAACUGAGCAUGAGACACCGGUCCUCCAACAGAGGCUCAAGGGUUUUUCCACAGAGGAACCCUACCAUGACUCAAGCUCGGAGUAUUAUGACUGUAAGCAGGGCUUGUCAGAUUUUUCUGAGCCUGAAGCUGAUGAGCUAAGAAGUGUACCAGAUUUACCUUACUACAUUGAAGAACCAGUCUCCUGCCCUAGCAGUCCUGACUACCCAGAAGAGAGCCCAGUGUUACAACUGAAGCCCACACAGAGCUUUGAUCACUUUCACCAAGAAAGCGAAGAUUACCAGUUUACCCCCAUUGUCUUUGGGCCAGCUGAGGUGGCCUGGAGCCAAGAGGAACAUGGGAAAGAGGAGGCCUUGCCUUCUCGUAAGGGCACUGUUUCUGUUGUAGAAGCUCCAGAAGAGCUUCCAGUGAGAGAAAAGAUUCAAUAUGAGGAUGAAGAUGAUUUUCUAGGCAGGGAAAUAUCACAGGAACUUGGUGUGCUGUCAGAUAGCUCGGAAGAGGAAGUGCUGACCACCAGGGUGGUUCGGCGCAGAGUAAUCAUUCAGGGAGACGACGUGCCAGAAAUAUCGGCGGAGGGAGUAACAGAGGAGCAGUACAUCGAUGAGCAUGGGAACAUGGUCACCAAAAAGGUAAGCAGGAAGAUCAUCCGGAAGUAUGUGUCAGCGGACGGUGUGGAGCGGCAGGAGGUGAUAACGCAGGGGUCGCAGGAAGAGCCCAUCAGCAUUGAGGAAGGACAAGGCUAUUCGAAGGUGGUGAAGAGGACUGUGCUGAAAAGCGACGGAGGCCAGACUGAGGUCACCUUCUCCGAGCCCUUGGCACUGGCCGGGGCUACAGCCUCGGAGUUCGAGGCCGAGCCCGUGCAGGGCCGAAAGGUCAGCCAGGUGGUGAAGACCACGGUGCUCCAAGGGGAGAGGAUGGAGAAGCAGCUAGGGGACCCCACGCUGGCUGCCGGUCUGCCCUCAGCCAAAGACGACUUUGAACAGGCUCUGAGUUAUGUGGGCAGCUUUGGAACGAUGUACCUCCCACGUUUAGUAGAGCAGGAGAUUGUCAAAGACGACGGAUCGGUCAUCAAAAGGACCCGGAUGCAUAAGGCACACACGCUGAAGAGGACUGUGGUGAGGGGCGCCCAGGGCAAGCAGGUCCACCUGGAGCAGCUGGACAGUGUCCCCCAGGCCCUGCCGCCCGGCGAGCUCCAGCGGCACCUGCAGCAGCUGCUCCGCCACUACUGCACCGACGAGGAGGUGGAGAACGAGCAGGAGGAGGAGGAGCUGAAGGGGGACGAUGAGGAGGAGUGAUCCUGGCCCUGCCCAGCCACUCCCCCCCUUCUCAUUGUCCCGUACUGCCCCGCCCCAGACUGUGUAUAUAGCUGACCCCCCCUCAGUAUCCGCCUGGAAGGUAACGGCUCCUUUCCCCCCAUCUGACUCAUGGACCUUUUCCUUUUCCCCCCUCCUUCAAUCUUCACGUUUGAGUUGUCGUGCUCUUUUUGUGACCAAAGAUAGCUCCUGACUUUGGAAGGUUUUUUUUUAUUUAUUUUUUUUUAAACUUUAUUUUAAUUAUGUAGUUUUUUGGGUUGCAGUGGUUUAAAAAAAAAAGCAAGAAAAUCAUGCACACCAACAGGGGGGGGGGGGGGGGAAACACCACGAUAACCAGCAAGAGGUUAAUCGCCAUCCUUGCCCACAGGCCUCUUCGCUCGAGGACUUCUUGUAAACAGUGUAUAUAUGAGCUACAUGCUUGGAUUCACCGGGAAGUUCACUACACUGCCUUCUGUAUCUACGCAGCCACACACAAAAAAAGGAGGGGGAAGUACUCAUCUGCUCACCCUUUAUUCCCUGCAGUCAGAGGGCAGGACCUUGACACCCUGCCAUGUGCACCGAGCCCCUUUCCAAGCUGUCCGAUGAGAAGGGUUGUUGCUAUGGUGCGUUUCGUCAUUGUGGACCUGUGCUUUUGCAGAGGGUAACAUCACUGCUCCCGUGGCUGACAGAGCCCCCGCCGCAUCCCAGUCCCGGGGGGCCGAUUCGUCUUCUCAUCGUGGUCCUCUGCGGCUGUCCCAUUCUGCAUGCUCUCACAGAAGCACGUCCUUUUUUUGUGUGUGAUCAGGUUUCGCCUUUGUGGUGGUCUGUGAGCCCGUCCUGUCACGUAAGCCCGAAGCCAUUUCGUGUCUCUCUGCUUUCGCCGGUGUCUCCAUGGCACCGACAGAGAGAGAGAGAGAGAGAGAGACAGCUGUAUCUCCAGCUGCACUCCUCUUGGUCUGCAGUCGUCACUCAGACUUCACGUAUCCUCCUUCGCUUGGUGUUAAGUGCAGCACCCCCGUCCUCCUCAUGGCUUGUUCGGUUGAUCAGUAGCACACAAACUAUGCAGCUUUGAGUCAAAGGUCAUUUGUGGAGCAGCCCGUGGAGUUUUUGCGGCAAGCGGAGUGGGAGGCAAGGCCAUCAACAACAUUCCUGACUUUGCAGGAGCCAAGUUCAUCGUGUGAGCCAGUGCUGUGACUCUCCUCAGAGGUGAUCAGGUCCCGGCCCCUUUUUGAUCUGAAACACAGUGGCUUUUCUACGUCUUUAACACGUGAAUAGUACUGAUGUUGCCACUGCACAACAGCAUGACAGAUAGGUUUUUACCAGCCUCAUAACUAUGUGUUUUAGAUUUGCCGUCUUUCUAGAAAUAUCUUAACUGUGCUGCCACCCCUAGAAUAGCUGCAAAAAUUAGUGCUUAAAUUUGUACAAAAUCACAUCGUUAGAGCAAUUAUAGUGGCCUGACAUGUAACAUACCGACUGACUGGCAAUGCACUACAUAUAGAGUGUAAUGGCUUGUAAGGCAACAUCUGAGCUGUCGACUCCAGAGAAAGGAAGGGCGGCAUACUGGCAGAUGUGUUUGUGCAGCCAAGUCCUAUGAUCACUUCCAAUUCAUUCCCAUAUUGUAAUAGCAUUUCAAUUGGCAGGCUUCACUGUGCCUUGUAAUCUUAGUAACUAAUUGAAAUUGUCUUGGAAGCUAUAUAACCAAAGGCAAUAUCCCUCAUUCUCCUUGACAGGACCGUAGGCAUGCAGCUCACCUGAUGAACUUUGCUCAAGCAAUGUCAUUCCUGCCCUGAGAAGUGUAUGCAUUUGACAGCAGAAAUGCCAAAUCCACUGUUCUGCACUGUGUCAACCAGAGAAAGGGUUCCGCUGUGACCCUUUGAUGUGCCCACUGUUCAUCUGAAAGGAGGUGCAGGGUUAGUGCUGAGGGGCACCCGACUGCCAAGGGAGGAUUGGCAAUUCCAGGGGGGGGGGGGGGGUUUCCAAGCAGACUGCAACCAUAGUGAAUGAGUGUGUGGGUGUGGUCUGGGCAAGGUGCACAGUGUCUGUGGUGUGCUGACUAUAUAUCCAUGUAAUGAUAUUAUGGUUUUAUUUCCCCACAUAACUGUUUAAGUGUAAUCAAACAAGCUACUGAGAGGUGUCCACAGUUGAUGAAUGAGCAUCUUGUUUCUAUGGUGUAAACUAUAUCCACAACAACUAUUUAUGAGGGCAUGUAUUAGUAAUUCAACAGAACAUGUAAACCACUAACAAGGCAUAGUCACUGCAGACUGAAUAAAGUGUUGUAUGUAAAACAAA